UCAGGACUCUACUGGAUUGACCCGGAUGAUGGUUACCAUGGUAACGCUUUUGAGGCCUACUGCGACCAAACAACGGACGGGGGAGGCUGGACGCUAGUUUGGAGUUACACUUUCACAGAUUACUCAAGCUUUACAAGUAGCAAAAACGCAGUCACUCCUCGUCCUACCUGGACAUACAGUGGUGCUAAGACUCGAGUAUCUACAACAGUUCCACUCAGCGAGACCCACUAUGAAGCUAUGGACUUUGCUUUGUGGCGCACCAUUGGUAACCAGUUCCUGAUCAAAAGUAACAUCAAUAACUGGAUUGCUUGCCAGGAGGGUACUGGUAGUAUAGUGAGACAGGCGGGUGGGUCACUUAGCUGUAAACUGGUCAAACAGGUUUCAACGAAAUGUUCUGGUGUGUUACCAAAAUCACUCAACGUGCAUGAUGAUGAUGGACCUUAUCUUGGGACCCCGAGCGGAAUCUAUUAUUUCUUUGAGGGUGAUACUGGGGGAGAAUGGCCCCACCACGAUCCAUGUGGAACAAGUAGUGCUAACCAAUUAAAGGAUGUUGCCAAUCCACAUGGAAAUCUUUUCAUACGUUAAAACAACUCAGCUCAGGCCUGAUAUUGCCUUUCUUCGUUACUUCAAAAGUACGAUACAUUUUAGAUCCACGGUAAUGCAUGUUUGCGUGGAUUCUAUAAAUUUGAUUUAAUUAGGGCUUUGCUUUUCGUUUUUGAUUUUUGUUUUUUGCUUUUGCAUUUUGUUGUUUGCAUUGUUGUUGUUGUUUUGUUUUGUUUUCUCGUUAACCUAGAUAUUUUGUUGAGAAUAGGGCACACUUAUGAACCUCUGCCCAGAUCUCACUCGUUUGCAGACCGUUGGCGAGACUGGAAGAUAUAACCAAACUCUUUGCGACAAAAGAUUAUGUCCAGUUUGUGAUUCCAAUGAAAUUGAAGAUGAAAUUCACUUUCUCUGCGAAUGCCAAAAAUAUUUCACACUUAGAAAUGAAUUUUUCGCUCAAAUAUAGAGUUAUCUCCAUAAUUUUCAGAAGUUAUCUCACCCAAACUUAGUGAUGAAACUGAUGAACUCUGAAGAUACUUAUCUUAAUUUACGGUUGACGGAUUAUAUCUCAUUAUUGAAGAAUUUGCGUGACAGUGUACUGUCAGGUAAGAAUAAUGUCACUUGAUUAUCUGAUAUUAAUAUUAAUAUUAUUAUUAUCAUUAUUAUUAUUAUUAUUAUUAUUAUUAUUAUUGUUAUUGUUAUUAUUUCUUUCUCUUUUCGUUCUUAUUUUACUAACCUUUUGCAAUACUAAGUUGAAUUAUAGUCAUGCAAACAAUUAAAGGUUAUUGCUGUUGUUGUUGUUAGCUGAGAUCUGGGUGCGAUAUUACGGCAUUAUGCGGUAAUGUGACUCAAAUGUGUCUACGCCCAAUGAUUAGAAACUAUUAAAAGGACAAUAUUCAUAAUACAAUUAGCAAGUAAGUAUUAAAGUAAGUAAGUAAGGAAGGAAGUAAGGAAGGAAGUAAGCACGUAUGUAAGUAAGUAAGUAAGUUAAUAAGUGAGUAAAACAUUUAUUUUUCACGAUAAAACUAUAGCAACGCUGAUGUGGUCGUGUGAAAAAUUAAAAAGUAAUUAAAACUAUAAAAGAUAAAAAGGGAUUAAAACCUACCAAUAGUACUAAAAAAAAUAACAGAGUGUUUAAAAUUUUCUAAACAGGUAAAUUUUCUCGGGGGUCGGCAUGUUGAAAUAUAAUUGUUCCUUAACCUGCAUUUCGUUUUAUUCUUAACUAAUAAGUCGUUUAGUGAGGGAGGCAUGGGAGUAACAUGAGUGAGCUAUUACAAGUAGGCGGUGAAAAUAAAUAUGCCGCAUAGGCCUCCGUUUGAAAGUGUUCAAAACGUCUUCAGUUGGUGUGCACCAGUCUGGACGGUAAAUUUUUUUAGCAGCUCUUACUGGAUGCUCUAACUGGAUGCGUUCAAGUUCGUCAAACAAAGUUUUGUUGCAUGAACCCCACACAAUUAGUUAUCGAAGAUCAUAAUAAAUAGUUCAGCUGUCGUAUUGGGAAUGUUCAUAUUUUUCUUGACUGACCACCGAUAAUUUAAUAGCAUAAUUUCCCAAUUAUGACAAGCAAUUAGUUUAAGCUGUCGUAUUCGGAAUGUUCAUAUUUUUCUUGACUGACCACCGAUAAUUUAAUAGCAUAAUUUCCCAAUUAUGACAAGCAAUUAGUAUUCCAAUCUGAUGAAUAAUUCUAUCUUUAAGAUGUUUAAAUACUUGCUUCUUGCUAGUUCGUUUUGUAAAGUAUUACUUUUGAAGCUUUUUAAAAUCGAAGCUUAGUAGGUACUCAUCUGUUAGUGGGAUGUGUACGUACUUAGCAUAAAUUUCUUUUGAGCGUUUUGCACCCCUUAAAAAAACCAACUUGUCAAGAAAGCUACCUCAGACGAGUAGAAGAGAGACAUAACAACCUUAGAAACCUCACCAGUCAGCUGAUCAGUUGACACGAUAUAGAAAAAUUGCCUGCAUGGUUAACAAGUAUUCAACUUACCUAUUUCGGCUUGAGCUGGCACUGCUACCAUUUGCCAUGCAAGAAGGCCCAACAAAACCAAACCAAAAAGUGUGGAGGUGAUGAACAGGCGAUAAUAUUAUGGCUUCUCUGUUCUUAAGUGGGCAUCAAAUUUAAUUUAGUCUUCAAUAUAAAACUUUAAUGUGAGCAAAGGUUUAUGUCGUUUAUCCCAGCCUGUGUAUGUAUUGUUUUAAUUAUUUCAUUAGCCACUGAGGCGAGUAAAAAGACUGUCUCAGAGUCUAUGUAUCAUUUUAAUGACAACCGUCACAAAGCCAUUACAUUGUUGAGUAAACGAAAUGUAACUUUGGCCAAUUGUUAAUAUGGCAGGAACCUACAAAGAACAAACUAAUUGAGAAGAACUAAAAGCAUACGGAACUUUGAACACCGGACAUUUUAUAUUUCGCUCAAGAUUACCCGGGAGUAGUUCUUAUUGAUAAUGGCAUCAUAUUAGUAUCGCUAUAGUUUCAUCCUUGGCCUGUCCCAACUCGAACCGCUUGCUUGCUGUACAAAACGGGGCCUGCACCAAUCCGCGGAGCUGUCAUAUGUGGGGUAUAUGAGUAGUGUCACUGGGAAGAGGAAGGUUUUUAAGUUGUUUCGUCUGGAGGAUGGGGUUAGGAAAUCAGUCGAGUUUAAAUAAAGUAUUUAUGGGAAAUGGAUCAGUGAUAUGGAGAUUGGAGUUCAGUUGCUUCAUAUUUAGUCUGGCAUAUAGGAUUAGGAAUAGAAUAUGGUUACAAAAUUGCAGUUGAUCAGGACUAGUUCCAGUGGCACGUGUCCACCCCAAAAUUCCAAGAUUACGCCCUCGGGACCACUGAUCGGUCAAAAACAUUAAAUCAGACGGUUGAAACGCACUGAAACUCCUCACUUUUAUCCUGAGAGAUUACCUGCCUAGCGAUUGUCUUGCAGUCAGUUCUGCCAUUGCAUUGACUUGCUGACGAGAUUGGAGAGCACGGUGGUUUAGUUAGCUUUUUACGACCUCAAAAUGUUCCAAGCUCGUUUGCCCAGUUUGUUUAUUUUUUUCUGUGUUUUCUUCAUAGCCAGGUGAGUGCGACUUAGAACUGGUUUUAAUUUGAUUUUUUUAACUGAUUUUCUCAUUUUGAGUCUGGGAAGCUAAAUGUUUUUCUCAAUGCUCAGGGAUAAUCGACUUCAACGAGUUCGGUUCCAAUCUUGAAGUUGUGUGAUGUUAUGUUAUUUUUAACGAUUUUAAUGAGAUGCACGCUGUAAGAACUGAGAGCUUAGUUACCGGGGAGUAUACUCUUCGCUAUGACGGAGGUGCUUAUUACAUCUUUUACUUGUUAGAAACUGUGAACUGGUAUCCCUUAUGGUAAAACUUUAUGAAUAUAAGUAGGUUGUUAAUCCUUACUUCCUAAGCUAGUUUGCCAAUGUAUUUUCUUUCAAAAUUUGAACUACGCUUUGCGUGUGAGGUGUGAGGCUCACGCUCGCCUCUUGAGACCUCACCCAAAACCCUUUUUUUAAUGAUAUAAAUACAGCAAAGUCAGGAGUCCAAAUGUUUACAUUUGUGUUGGUUGAAAAGUCAGUCAUUUUCGGUAUCUGUGUCUGAGCAAGUUCGAGCAAAUGCAGACCUAAACUGGGUUCGAAUUUCUUCGAAGUCUAGAGGUCUUUUCGUAAAACUCUUGUGGUCACCCCAAUUCCUUUUACUAGUAGGCUACGAGCAGUCCCCAUUUUUCCUCGGGGAUUCACUCGCACUCGCGUUUCGCUCACUCUUCUAUCCCUGAGAAAAAAUGGGGACUAGUCGUAUCUAUUUUACUAGUGCUGACACUCAUGUGUUUAAAGGGUGAUUUGUGGCUCCUGAGGUCUCAAUUCGAAAUUUUCCUCGUUAGAUUCUGGAAUUUAUUAACAGGGCUCAAUAUUUCUUUAUAGCGGACUUCAGGUGGGGAAAUCGUUAGUAGGAUUAUCCAUAGAAAAUCCUGCCUUGAACUGUAAAGAUUGAAAAACAAAAGACCAUCGGUUGUCUCAGUAGUCUACUGGAUAGACCCGGAUGGCGGUUCCCAUGGAAACGCUUUCCAGGCCUACUGUGACCAACAGACGGAUGGGGGAGGAUGGACACUAGUUUGGAGUUACACCUUCACAGAUUACUCGAGCUUUACAAGUAGCAAAAACGCAGUCACCCCUCGUCCCACCUGGACAGCCAGCACUGCUAACACUCGAGAAUCUACAACAGUUCCACUCAGCGAGACCCACUAAGAAGCAAUGGACUUUGCUUUGUGGAGCACUAUUGGUAACCAGGCCUUAAUCAAAAGUAACAUCAACAACUGGAUCGCUUGCAAGGAGGGCAGUGGUAGUAUAGUGAGACAGAAGGCCGGGUCACUCAGUUGUAAACUGGUUAAACAGGUUUCUUCACAGCAAUGUGCUUGGGCAGUGCCAACAUCUUUUGCGUUAAACAGCCACGGCCCUGUCCUGUCCAGCAACAGUCUCUAUUAUUAUUUUGACGGUAGUACGAGUAGCAGUUGGCCCACACAUGAUCCAUGUGGUACAAACACGGCAAAUUAUUUAAAAGAUGUGGCUAAUCCACAUGGCAAUGUUUUUGUUCGUUAAUAAGCCAACAAUUUCUCUUGUCGUUUCAUUUUUUUUUAGAAGGAGAUUGAAUUGAAACUACAUGGGAAGACUUAAUACCGGCCAAAUUUAUCAGCUUUUUUCAAAAUUUAAUCGAAGUGUAAUAUCGUUUUUACUUCUUUUGUAUUUUAUUGCAUAUCUUUUUUUACUAAGUCCAGCUAAUUUUUUAUCGAUCUGGUCACUGAACUCAUUAGUUUAUGGUCGUAAUUUUCCUGUUAGAUUUUUUCAAACAUCUCACUCAGGUCCCACUCGUUUGCAUGUCGAUUGAUUCAUCUCUGCAUUGGCUUAUUCAGUAGAGGAAUAUGUUAAUAAUAAAAUAUUAAAAAUCAGCUGUCUCCUUCAAUUUACUUUGAAUGGAUUUUCCACUUCGAUUGCGUAACAGGCAAUUGCUGCAGAGCAAACCCACCUUUACAAAAUUACAGGUCAAGCUUGAUUCGCCAAUUGAAUGAAAGGAUGCCAGAAAAGGACAGAGAAAUACAGGAAGCUGACAGUACUCCCUAAAGGUUUGGGUGGAAUACUCUCGAAAGGAAUCAGGUGGAGGUGUGCACAUGCUCCUUGCAAGCCUUUCACCAUUUCAGACCAAAACACGCUAUUUCCCAUUCCCUUCCCUAUCGAGCCUGACCAGCCGUUUUUAUUUUGUAACACAUAUAAUGUACUCUGAUAAGUGAUAGCCAGCUGAUCCUAGUGUGACGCCGCUUCCGUUUGACCCAACUUCCUGACGUUUAUCUUCUUUGAAAACCGGAGAGAGAUUUAAAAUCUUGCCAAGCCAUACUGAACUUCAGACCCCAGUUUUAAUGGGUUCUAGACUGUACCCGUGUAUACUCUACCCUAUCUAUGAUAGAGUACGACGAAUAGAACGUUAUCUGUCAGACCAUAGAAAUCGAAAAGGUCGAAAAAACAUAUCUUGGACGUCGGACAUUCCCACAAUUAAAUAAUGAUACUGACUUUUUAACCUUUGUAAGCCACACGCCAGAAUUAGAUUCCUUGAUUGGACAAGAACCAAACAUCUGUCCAUUGAAAUGCGCUGAAACUCCUCCCUUUUGCAGGGAAAACAUUAUUAUUACCUAGGUAGCUACUUAAUUGUCUUAAGACGUGCCUUUGAGUUGCAGAAGAGAGCGGAGCGAUAUUUGUUGGUUGGUCUUGCGCAAAAAGAAAAAUGUUUUCCUUUGCUCGUUUGCCAACUUUGUUAAUCGUUUUCGGUGUUUUCUUCUUAGCCAGGUAAGAAAGUGUUUAAUUUUUCACAUUGCUCCGAUGAAGGUCUAUGCCACAGAGGUCUAUGCUUUACGCAAUGCCCAGCUAGGGUUUCCCCCUUUAAAAGUUACCCCGGAUUCCAUGCAAACAUAUUUGGUGUUAUUUCACUACCGAGACAAAAUACGACAGACGGCAUACGAUUUGGAAUUGAGAGUUUUGUUAUCGAUAUUCACAUUCAAACUUCUCUCUCCAAUCUAGAUAACUGAGGGGUAUUGUUCUGUCUUACUCGCCAAGCAAAUCAACGCAUUUGGGUUCAUGAAUCAUGUCGGGUCAGAUGUUGGUAUCAGAUUACAACUUAGUCACCAGUGCUUUUUCUUUAGAAAAUGGGAGGGGCGGUAGCAGCCCUGGGACGAGGUUGAACAGAUUCUUUAGCACUGUGACAAGCGUACAGUUGACUCCCGGUAAUUCUAACCCUCGCUGAUUUCCUUCUUACAUUUAUUGUAAUUUCACCCUCGGUAACUCUAACCCUCGAUGACUCGAACCUCCCCCUAACUCGAAAUUAUUUGUUUUUAGCGCUGUACUGAUUAAUCAAGCUUUCUUGCUUUAUUUCUCCGUGUUCAAAAUUUCAACAUAUCUCUUGAUGCGCUUUAAGGGAUCGAGCAUGAAACUUGUAUUCCUCCCCUAUCUGGAUCCCAUUUCUUUUCUUCUUGUUAUUUGCUUCGAACUCCCGACAAUUCUCGAACUGUUUUCGAUUUCCCUUGAAGGUUCGAUCGAGUUACCGGGAGUCGAUUGUACUUAUUAUUGCAAGUCACGAUAGGAUAAAAGGACAAAGAGGUGGCCCUUAGAGCGUGGCUAGCGUACGUGAAAUUCUCGUUAUUUUUGGAAAUAGGAAGUAGGUUGGCAGAGAAGCCUGUAAGCUGUCACUUUUGAAAAAAAAGCCCGACUGCAUAAAUGCAGCCCAAAGAAGCCUAAAGAUCCCUAGUAAAGGCAACACAAUAGAACCGUACGGAAGGUUAUUGACUGGAAGUGCUCUUGAUAACGUAAAAGUCUUUUAUCCGUAGCUAGACCAAUAGUUACUUCGACCUUAUCACAUUUCAAUUCAAAGUACUUGUAGCCAGCGAACAACCACCCCUUCCCCCCACCCCCCUCCCCAAUUAAAUCUCUCUCUCCACUGAUCUUUUCAAUUGGCUGGGGAGUGAAAGAAGAAAACGGGAAGCAAGAUAGCUAUCUCUCCCUUUUCCUAUCUUAUUCCCUUUCCCCGAGUCGAGCCCAGAGCCCUCUCUUGUUCCAGUCUUAAUUGGCGCAUCCUCUUGGAGACUAUAUAGCACGUCAAAUCGAGGUAUCUGAUGAUAAAACCCUGUUUUGUCCUUUUAGAGCACUGGAUCAAGAAAGGUACAAAGUUCUGGAAGUUGAUUCAAAAGGGAAUCUUUAUCUUUACCGGUCCGCUUUGCUUUGCAAGAAUGAAAUAAUCAGAAGGUUAACUGAAGACAACUUCAAACUGGUUGAACCAAGCACUAUUGGUAAAGUACAGAGUUUUACAUCUUAUAAUCAAAACAGCGGAGUUACUUCUCUCGCCCCACUCCCUAGCCUGCGAACAACAGACGCAUUUCCGGUCGUCCGGAAAUGCGUCUGCUGUUCGCAGGCUACCCACUCCCCAACUCUCCACUAAGUACACUUACAACUCUCAUAUACAGGCCACAAGGAAAAAAAUAAAUGCCCCUUGGUUUAUGAACGACUUGUUUUAGGUAAUCGACGCUAGGCUACGGUGGCCUAUCAGAGAGUGGGUGAUUCCCGGCUUCCAUACAAGCACUAAAUCGCGCAUACACUGUAAUAGUUAAGCGGUGAUGUAUAAUCAAAGAUGCUUGGCACCAAAAGAAGCCUAUUCAUUUGCACCUUGUUUUUCCUCUGGUUAGAAAAAUCCGCCUCCCCCAUCGUCUCAACAACUCAUCUGAUUACAAUGCAUUCCGUUUACAUAGGGCAGUCCAAAGCAUUACCUGUGUUGAACUGUCGGGAUCUCAAACUAAAAGUACCCUCUGCUGCCUCAGGAGUCUACUGGAUUGACCCGGAUGGUGGCUCCCAUGGAAACGCUUUCCAGGCCUUCUGCGACCAACAGACAGCUGGAGGGGGCUGGACACUAGUUUGGAGUUAUACCUUCACGGAUUACAAAAAUUUUAAGAGUGGCUCAAACGCAAUCACCCCUCGUCCCACCUGGACAGCCAGCGGUGCUAAUACUCGGGUAUCUACAACAGUUCCACUAAGCGAGACCCACUAUGAAGCAAUGGACUUUGCUUUGUGGCGCACCAUUGGUAACCAGACUCUGAUUAAAAGUAACAUCAACAACUGGAUCAUUUGCAAGGAGGGCAGUGGCAGCAUAGUGAGACAGAAGGCCGGGUCACUCAGCUGUACACUGGUUAAACAGGUUUCACAGCAGUGUGCUGGGGUAGUACCAACAUCCCUUGCGUUACACAGUGAGGGGCCUUAUCUUUCCAGCAGCAGUCUCUACUAUUACUUUGACGGUAAUACAAGCGGCGACUGGCCCACACACGAUCCAUGUGGUAAAAACCAACAAAAUCAGUUAAAAAGCGUUGCCAAUCCACAUGGCAAUAUUUUUGUUCGUUAA